GACCCACUGAGAGUCAUGACACCUGUGUCUUUGUUCCCUCCGCCCCUUCCCGUGGGCUCGCAGCACGUGUGGAGUGAGAGCGAGGACUGCCUGCCUUUCCUGCAGCUGGCUCAGGACUACAUCUCCUCCUGCGGCAAGAAGACGCUCCAGGAAGUCUUGGAGAAGGUCUUCAGGUCGUUCAGACCGUUGCUGGGCCUUCCAGAUGCGGACGACGAUGCGUUUGAAGAGUACGGUGCCGAUGUGGAAGAGGAGGAGCCGGAGGCAGACCACCCCCAGAUGGGGGUCAGUCAGCAGUAACUCUCCUGAGGGGCUUGUACCCGAGGGGAAGAGCAAACCCCCUGGUGCCCUAGGUGGGGUCAUCUGCCCAUGGGGUCUGACUCCCAGCAUCCAAAUUAAAAUGAAUUACCUUUUCAAUGACCACAAAAUCUCUGUGAUGAGCUCGGCUCACAAGUGACCUGAAUUUCGCUCCUGCUUCAGUGGGGUUUCUAUGGCGUUGUCUCGGCUGCCUCUACCAUGUUCAGUCUGGAGCCAGUGUUGUGGCAGACUGUUCUUUCUCGAGUUUAUGUUGAGCACCUCACACUCGCUGGCUUGAAUGUAGAGAACUCCGAAUGUACCAAGGAUAUAUUCCGAGUCCUCACAGGUGACCUUCCUGAGGGAGAGCACGGCGGUGACAAAAUGCAGUCCGCACUUUUAUGUCCCUUUUAAGUGUCCGUAAGUGAAAGGUUUCACUUACAAAGCAUGAGUUCUCAUAUCCAGUCAUUCAACGGCACAAGUGCAAAUGCAACGUGGACAGAAAAAGGAGACUCACUUAGCUUUGGGCUAAGGAGGUUAGAGAAGCAGCAGGCGCCUUUUGUUCAAGUGUUCCGCUGCCUCAAUUACUAAAUUACCUGGAAUGGUAGCAACUGAUUGGUGGUUACCCCUAAACCUUACCUGUAUGUCCGGUGAUUUCAAAGCAUGCCAAGUCCAAAGCGACUGUAAACGUCAAAUCAUGGAAAAUAAACACCGGGGUGAAGGUCAUCAAUUCUUUCCUUAAAAUGGUUAUAAGCUAACCCCCUCCCCCAGGUGAGGUGAAUCUUUUCACCUUCUCUCUUUGUAAGGAGAUGGCAACUUGUUCAAUCAUGAAAGCAUCCAAAUUCCAAGUGCCACUUAAACGAAGCCAUAGAUACAAUGUCGUAGGAAAAUGAACCAGGACUUAGGGGAAAUGAUAUAUAUAGGAUGGCAUCCUUGACUUCCUGCGUCUCUUUAUCUUUUUUUUUCCCUUAAGGCGAGAAAAGGAUCUCAUUAUGUAAUUUGUUUUCGAUUGUAACCAAGUGCUUCAAAGAACCUAGUUUCCAAGAACCUGGACAGUCGGGAGCCUGUCCUGUAGGUUAGCGUGGUUCAAAGGGAAACCUCCGUCAGAGCACUCGGCCAACUCCCAGAGCGGCCUCUGUCCUGACGGGACGUUGGCGUCACCAUCUGUCCAUCGGAUACUUCCUGGGGAACUCCUAAUGCUCCACGGGAAUCAGUGGAAACCCUCCUUGUCUUGAUCCCUGGCCUGGCUCUGACCCUCCUAACCCUCUAAGGGUGCAGAAUGCCUGCUUCGCCCCCUUGACCAGCAUCUGGGGUGGGACUGUCUUCACAGGGGCACACAUGCCAGCUAGAUUGUCAAGAGUUUUGAUCGAAGGGUGUGUGGCAGGGGGAGCAGAGGCACUGAGCAAGUGGGAGUCUUGCGCACGUUCCAGGCAUGUUGGCGUCCACCGGACGGUCUGUUCUGUUUCAGUGGGAGGAGCUAUGAGGAGAGGGCUGCUCCGGUAAACCAGUGUCCACGGUUUUCAGGGACUGACUGGGGACAGUCCGACAGUGGCUUCCAUCCAUGCUUGAUUGCCCAGUUACCCCUUUCCCGAGGAAAGACAUUCAAGGUGGUUCUCAAGUGGAAGGGAUCUCCUCUGGAGUAGCCUGUUGGCAGAACGCCGUGCCUCACUCUGAGGAGCGAGGAGUGAGUCAGCAGGCUCUGCGUGGCUGCAGGCCUCUAUUUCGAGAGCAGAGCUGAUUGUGAGCUGUACGCUAUGCUGGCGUCCAGCGGUCGGUCCGGUGACCUCCAUUCCCACACAACAGGCUGGAGGGAUGACUCAGCAGGGGAGGUUCAGACUCCCAACUAGAUGCUCCCUUGGAAAGUCAGCUGGAACUUUAGACUCGGUGGCUUAAAAACUUACAUCUGCAUAGGUUUGGAAGUGGAACGGACAUUAAUAUAACAUGUAUUUUAUCAAAAAAGUGUUUGACUAUCACCAAACACAUUUCUGUGUUAUUAUGUUAAUGUUCUCUGCUUCUCAAAACCGGGCUCAGAGAGAUGUAGCCAUUCAGUGGGCUGAUAGGAAUGCUGGUCUUUGUUCUGCCCCAGAGGCAGGGGAAAAAUCUGCAGCAUGCUAUUUAUUUUCAUGGCAAAACACCCCGAGGCGUUAGCAAAUCCAGAUUGUUUCUCUGAAAUUCGCCUUUUCUCUGAUUGUGUACACUUACCUCUCAGUGGUCUCACUGCACACACACACACACACACACACACACACACACCAUUCAAAAUACACAGACUCACAUCUACAUACAUCUCACACAGUCAGAUACACAUACUGUCAAACAUACACCACCCCCACGCACAGUCAUGCUCAUAUAUUCUCACACACACAGUCACCUACCUCACACAUUCACUCACAUAUAUUCUCUCACACAUGUACACAUCUACGUACACUUCGUGCAUACACAUUCGGAUACACAAGUAAUCCUCACACAGAGUCAUGCACACACAUUCUUACACACACCAAUACGUAGAGUCCACAUGGGCAUACACACACACUCAAACACAUUCAUGUGCCCUCACACACUCAUUCACAUGCUCUCACUACCCAUGUGCACACCUCUCACUCGUUUGAUCACUGGCACACACGGUCUCUCCUGCACAUUCACACUCAGGCACUGCACACUCUCUGCCUACACAGGGUACAGGCCGAUAGAGCCAUGUGCCAUGGACACCGGGCAGCUGGGGCUUUAGGUGGGAGCCCCGGUCAGACAAGUUCCUGGUCUUUCAUGAGCAUAGGGCAGCAUGCCUUCUGGGAGGCAGCCUGGAGUCAUGGGAGGAACCCUGAACUAGAGGGUGGGAGACAGACCCCCUUUCCAGACCUGACUCUGACAUGGACUACAUGACCUGGGUCAAGUCACUUGACCGCCCUUUAAAGCAAGGGGGGUGUCUCUGCCUUUCUUUUCAGCUUUACCACGAUCCUUCGCUAACUGCCUUAGUGUGUGUGUGUGUGUGUGUAAAGAACCACUGUCAAGGAAAUGUCCAGGGGAAUGAAAAGGAUAGAAGACGUUCCCCUUGAUUUGUUUGCGCCCCACCUCCCUUGUGCACCACCGUGUGGGGCUGAUGAACUGGUGAGGAUGGCUAGACGGAGGGUGGGCUGGGGCUCGUGAGGACGUUCUUGUCCCAGUUGUCCAUCCCUCUGGAAGACGGGGGUUUCUGUGUGCCCUGACAGAUCAGGGCUUUGGAAGUGGUGGAAGUUAAGCGUCACUGCAAAGGGGAGGUUUUCUGUGAACAACAGCUGCAAGAAAGAGGAGUAUUGUCACUUUUUUUUGCCGUGUCGCCCAGCAAGGAGAAAGUGAGCGCUAAAGAGAGCGGGCGAGCAAGGGGAGGAGUGAGCACAUGUGCGUGUCUGAAGGAAGGGUGUGAUGGCUGGCUGGUUCAUCACUGUGGCCCAGCUGCGUGGCCGUGCUGGUGGCAGAGCUGCAGAACCGUGGUCCUGGGUCUGCGUGCAUGAAGGCAACACUUUUUUCCUAUGGCUGUCUGAUUACCCUUCUGACUAGGCGGAUUGGGGGGACUCAGAGCGUUUUGGAGCCCCCCCCCUUUGGAUUUAGUUACCCUGAGGUACCGCUCAUGUCUCAUUGACGCCCACCGGAUGCCCCUCCCUGCCCUCACACACAACUGGAACCUAAACAGCCCCUCCGUUGGGGGUUCUCCUGGUGUCCAGGUGCCAGAGGGAAGUUCCUAGUAGAAGGGAGUGACGACCCCGCUCUCAGAGUGUCCGACAUCUUUCAGGUGUAGACAGAAACCAUUCUGUAGCACAAUUUCAUCUCACAAAGGUGGCUUGUUUCAUAAGAGCACAAAGUGUACAGACCUAGGGGAACUGGGAUACCAGGACGCUGUUGGGAUUGACCUUCUGGGAAUCUGCCUGGCACAGAGCAUUCCCAGAUCGUCGGGAACUGCUUACGGUAGGAAGCCGGCACCUGCAGGCCUGUCUAAGGGGCAGACUUGGAUGAGACAGGCCUCCUUAGGGAUGUGCCAAGAGGAGUAAGGUGACAGGUGAACUAGGUUCUCACUGGAAAAGACCAGCUGAGGCUGAGUUCACGGCCAUCUCCCCCGAGGUCUGCGCUCCUCAAAGGGAGAACUGGGUGCCCAGAAGCGCAUUGAUGGUGUGGCUUUGAAAGUGACCCCACCCCUACCCCCUGCAGGAGAGGAUGGGCUUUCUGCAAAUGGGUGGAGCUCUUUUUCUCCAAGAAGCUGCCAGUGUGCAGAGCCCGUCUUUACAAAGUGCUAACAGGUCUCAGUCCCCGGGCAGGUGGAGCAGGUACCAAAUUCACGUCUUGCUGCCAGCAGCAGCCAGAGCCCCCCUCCUCCUAGCUUGCUUUCAGGCUAGUGGGAGAGCACACUUCAGCCUGCAGGUCCCCCCGCUCACGGUCCUGAGUGUUGAUCCCCAAGAGCUGCCACGGCCCGUUCUUCAGAAUACCAGAGAAGCCUAAACGUUUUAACGCGAAAGGAAUCCUCUUUCCCCCAAAACUCCAUUGCAUGCAGUGGUCUUGUGAUAGCCGGUGUAACCCGAAGGCGGAAGGGUUUCAGAUUGUGUCCACAGUGAUCUCUCCUCCUUAGCAGAAGGCCGGUCGCAUGCCUCAGGCUGAAGGAAAAGCUCUGUCGUGCGGCUGCUUGUUGGACAGACGGUCACAGAAGAUGAUGCCCCUCAUGUUCUCCUUAAAUUCGGAUGAUCGAAGUCGAGGGUCUAUGAGCAUGCCAUGCGCAACACCCCGCUUAAAACCCUGUCAAGCAGAUGGGGGACAAACAGUUAACACUGCGGCCAGGCCACGUAAAAACCACUGAUUCAUUUGCUUAAAAAUGUACCGGGUACCACAGAGCAAGCCACAGUGUGUGCUUUGUACAACUGCGUUUCCCUGGGUUUGGGGUUUGGUUUGGCUUUGCCUUAAAGAUGCAUUGUUAUUCAGUGCCCUCUGAUAUCCAGGCAGAUCCAGCUGAGAGCCAGGCUGCCUCCAGUGUUUCAGAGAAAGUCAGCCUUCAGGAUGGGGUGGGGGUGGAAAUCCGAAUCCCUUUGUGAUCCAGCUCUCACUUGUGGAUGGGAGCAACAUGCAGCCAUCGAUGUGAGAGGCAACACCAAGGAACGUUUGUUUUUUUCCGCCCCCCACCCCCCAGGCAAGAAAUGUUUCAUGUCAAGUUUGUGUGCUUUCUCUGCCUUUCUAUAGUUCCUUUCAAAGAAAUCUCCUGUACAUGCCAAAACUGUGAAAUGGAAUGGGUUGCCAAAAACUGUUGCCCUUCGUUAGAUGCUUCAAACUAAAUCCCAUCCUGAACCCUGCCCACGUCUGCACCCUCCCCCCUCCCCCAAGGGCGAGGGUCUCAUCCAGUGUAAUUACCAUCCGCUUGCUAUUAAAGAGCCUUCCGAACUC